AUGAUAGGAGACGUGAAGUCGAUUCUUGCAGGUGAGACCAAGGAAAAAGAUGAUCCUUCUGCUAAACCUCUCUCUCUCACUGGCCAUAAAAAGUCAAGUACUAGACGUCCAGAAACGUUUAAACGCCCAGAGAAAAUGCACAGAGAGCUAUAUAAUCUCAUCGGUAAUGCUGAGACAAAGGAAGCUGGCGCAGUGGUUCCAACGGAAAUCAGAAAAGGAUUUCGUCAACUAAAUGCUCAACUAGCAGGACGCCCCGCUAGAAAAUACAAGUGGGUGCCUUUCAUAAAUGAGGCUCGCAAUGAUAAUCUUCAGUUGUAUCAUUGGCAGAGGGUGGAUAAACUUGAAAACCCAGAACCAUAUCCAUUUGCUAAAUUUAACAAGGUUAUCAAUAUUCCUGACUUCACAGAUGAGGAAUACGAGAAAUACUUCAAAGUAGCUAAAUGGACAUUAGAGGAAACGCGACAUCUCUUUGAUGUUUGCCGCCGUUUCGAUAUU